AUGUUCGUCGGCCUGAUUAUCCGGUUAACCCCUAAAUCGAACCUCCAAGACAGUGUCGCCUUCGACUACCAAUUCUUCUUCAACCUCCUCCUUCCUCCCAUUAUCCUCGCCUCAGGCUACGAGUUACACCAAGCGAACUUCUUCCGCCACAUCGGCACUAUCCUCACCUUCGCUUUCGCCGGCACCUUCAUUUCGGCCAUCGUGCUCGGCCUGGUUCUGUACCUGUGGACGCGGAUCCCGCUGGACGGGCUCAACAUCUCUUUCGUGGAGGCUAUUUCUGUGGGCGCCACGCUCUCCGCCACAGACCCGGUCACCAUCCUGGCUAUCUUCAACUUAUACAAAGUCGAGCCGAAAUUGUACACGAUUAUUUUUGGCGAGUCGAUCUUGAACGAUGCCGUGGCUAUCGUGUUGUUUGAAACCGCGCAGAAGUAUGCGGAAAGCGAGGCCGGGUCCCUGACCAUCCUCAACUUGUUUGAGGCUAUCGGGCUCUUCUUGCUCGUCUUCUUUGGCAGCAUGGUCAUCGGCAUCGUUACGGGUAUCGUCACCGCGCUGGGACUGAAGUAUACGUUGGUGCGUCGGAUGCCGAAGAUCGAGAGUUGUCUGGUGGUUCUUGUUGCAUAUGCCAGCUACUUCUUCUCCAAUGGCGUAUAUCUCUCUGGUGAGUGCCAACAUCCUUUUAACGAUGUGAGAGGAGACUAA